ACGGCUGCCGCCAGAGGUAUAGUGGGAUAUGUAAUACUCUACCAAGGUCCUUCGCGUGGGAGGGCUGUAACCUAGGAUGCAUUAACCAGUAUCUCAAGAGAUCCUACGGGAACCUGUGGUUGUUUGAGCGGUAAAUGGUUGUUAGCGAGGGACGAUGCCAGACGAUGCCAGUGAGAGGCAACAGAGGAAGCAGUGAGCGAUGUCUCUCUCCCCCAAGAGCGCGGGAAAAAUGUUGAGUAGUAAGAAGGGAGUAAGAGAGGGCAGCAUGCAGCAGAAUAGCAUAGACACCGAGCCAUUCACCACCACCAAAGCUCUCCAAGUCCUCGAUGACAUUAGCAGACAGAUAAAAACCUUUGAACGUAAACUUCAUCAACAAAGAGUCAAUUGUGCCAUUGUUACAGUGGAACUCUCUACACUUCAUGACCCCCUUUUGAGAGAGAGUCUGGCUCUCUGUUUCCAAAAUCAAGAAUGUGUCCAACAAAAGCUAGCACAAAGUAAUGAAAUCCAAGCCCAAUCAGCCAAGAUCCUCUACUCUAGUAUGCCACAUGAAACAGGUGAACAUCCGCCUCAAGAAACAAUGGAAGUUGUAAAUGACGAACCCCAACAAUUACUGCCCAGCUACUUGGUUAAUGAGGAAUCGAACCUCCCACAGUCUCACGAUUCUAUCAGUGUUGUGAUGGAGAAUUAAUAUCACUAAAAAAUAGGUAUCGGUGUUGAAUGAGAAUUAAUGAAAGUUACUAAACAGGAUGUGUUUAUUUUUUAUAAUUUUCUACAAGUGGAGUUAUCAUCAUUUAAGGUCAAUUCCCAUCAUUGGAUUUUUAGUUCACUGUCUUAUGUUUAGGUAACUAAGCCAAACUAUCAAAGAAAAUCUGUCAUGCCUGGCAACACAUACAGUUUAGGUUUAAAUCAUAAAUUAUGGAACUAAUUUCAGAUUACUUAAAUUGAAACAUUUCUUAUAAUUAAAGAUACUUUGUCAAUACUGUAAUAUUAAAAUAGUGUACUGUA